AUGCAGCUUCUGGGCGCGUGCUUGCUUCUUAUUUCGGUGGUGCACGCGGCAGGGCAGAAGACAGCCCAUACGCACUUUGCACUGAACAUCACGGCGGCCGUGGACAAAAACAUUGUGAAAGAGGCGGGUGAUACAGGUCUCAAUGGGACAGAUGGAAUCAAGGGCCUCAAUGGGACAGAUGGACCCACAGGGCCGACAGGAGCAACUGGUGUCAAAGGAGACACCGGCGCGACUGGUUUCACUGGAGAAAUUGGCGCCACCGGAGAAACUGGCACCACUGGAGCUACUGGCGCCACUGGAGCAACUGGCGCCACUGGAGCAACUGGAAGCACCGGAGCCACUGGCGCCACAGGCACCACCGGCUGUGAUGGCUUUGUGCCAGUCACUGUGAAUUUUGACUUUUAUGAGAAUGGAAGUCCAUUGGACACUGGUUCUGGAGAUCUUGGAGUGGACGUUGGAGACCCAACUCUGUUCCCCAACGGCUUCUUUGGAUUGACCUUCCCUACUCAGUUUUACGCAUCCAAAAAUGGCAAUUUGAUCACCAGUGGACUGCCCCUGUUUGGUGUGUGCUUCGAUUAA